AAAGUUGAGCUAUACCAGAGUACAUCUUACAAACCAUGGAGUCGUUCUUGGUUCAGUUAAACACUUGCAGUGAGCUGAUUGCAGAGGGCUACAGCAGCACAGGGAACAUUGGCUGGCUGAACGAGUUCUGUGCCACUUUCUUGGACUUUGCCAGCGAUCUGAAAGCCAGACUACCAGAAGUGGCUCCGAGUGGUGCCAACCUAGAGGUGGAGACCAUUUUUUUGUGCCUCACCCAGGUGGUAACCUGCAUUACCCAUUUGGAGAGAACCAUCAACAUGGAGGCCCCACAGAUGACGAGGAACCACUUUCUCGAUCGCUUGGACUGGUGCUUACGGCGGCUGCUUGUCUCCUGGACGCAGCUGGAAAACAGCAUAACUACAGAAAAGAAUCUGGAGGAUCAUUCGUUUGUUGAGCUAAUGGAUCUGGCACUGGAUCAUCUUGAUGAGUACAUGGAUAAGCUGAGUCAGAAUAGCAACAUCUCGCUGCAUAUUCUGGAGGAUAGCUUCACAGAGGACACCUACCAGCUAGCAAGCAUAGUGAAUCACAUAGUUCGCCAUUCCUUGGCCUUCGCCAAUGUAGCCAUUAAAUCAGACAAGAAGGCUUUGACUGCUCUUUGUGAGACUUUGCUCAGCGAAUGUUCCUCUUUUCAUGAACAGGCGGGUGAUCCGAAUAGUGGACAUCGCAAGCUCGAGGCCCUCUCGCUGGAACGAGCUCUUUAUGCCUUGGAAUCCUAUUUAAAUGAGGCUCUACUGCACUUAAUCUUCGUCAGCCUGGUAGAUUUGGAAAACACAUCGGUGGAGAAACUGAAGGAAGCAAUACAAAAAGAUGCAGAAGGUGCCCAAGGCCUAAUCUCCGCCUUCGACACCAAUAUGGAUCGCAUCCAACAGAUCGGUGUGCUGGCCAUAGCCUUCUCGCAAGACAUAAAAACCAAAACGAUUGUGAGAAGCUGUCUAGCUUCGUUGGAAUCCUUGGAUACCUGCAUAGUGCCCGCUCUUCAGUUACCAGAAUCAGUGUCAUCUUUACAUCAUGUGGAAAUUCUGCAGGAGCAUUUCAACCAAGAGCUGCUGAUCUUUCGGAAUGUGAUCCACGAAAUCAUUGACAGCUGCUCUCUGAUUAACAACUACCUAGAUAUGUUAGGCGAGAGUAUCCAGGUUCGGGAGAAGAGUCAUCUGAUGGCCAUUGUCCAAAGGGGCAGCGUUUUAGUAGAGCACUUCCGACUGCCUGUCAAUUACUCGAGUCUUAGUGAAGAUGGUAAACGAGUGCACAAGGAUCUCAUUCUUAUUCUGCGGGAGUGCCAGGCUGUGGUCAACCUAGACAUCCCAGUGGAUCCCAAGCGUAUUGCAAAACGUUUGAAGAUAUUGUACUCUGUUUUGGCCAAGCUAAGAGACUUAAUUAGCAAGGAUAAGCUGGAACCCAACAGUUCAGUUACUUCUCAGACCCAGCUUCCUUGCAAUGCAACCCGGACUUUUGUCCGGAACAGCCGAUCUGUAUCUAAAAGACAUCGUUCUUUUGUAAAACAAAGUGGAAACUGCUCUAUAUUGCAGGACACAUUUAUUGAAUCCCCAAACAAUGAAAGCGAUCUUAUAAGUUUUCAGAUCACUGAAAUCCUUAAAUUAGAUUGACACGCCAUGGGUGGUCUAUAAUAUGCAUAAUUUACAAAUUUGUAAAUGCUUCCUUUAUUCGAAGUUUUAUUUAAUUUGAAAAUAUAUAUAAGACAGCAUUUCUGAAAUAUUAUAGUUAGGAACAGUAAUAAUACGAGUAGUAUGUAUUUGUAAUUGCUUCAUUAAUUUGAAGUAUUCAUAUAAUUUUUAAAUACAAUAAAGAAACCAUAAAAACAAAU